CUAUGACCUGUACAUCCCGGGUGACGGCAGAUGGGAGAUCGAAACAAAAGCCAUUGACUGUCCCACUGUCCCGGGAAAGAAUGGGAACAUUAUGUUUCGAUUCACUGAAAAUAACCCUUGGUAUGUUAAACUUCAAGCUAGAAACACCAAGGUUCCAGUUGCUGGGAUGGAAAUUUUAAAGAACGGAAAAUAUUCUUGUCUGAAACGGACAAGUGACAACCACUUUGUGGGAGAUCGCCUGGGUAAAGUGGAUUUUCCCAUGACUGUACGAGUGACGGCGGUGACGGGAGAGCAGCGGGAAGCGGUCUUACAGUCUAUGCAAAGCGAUAAUAAUAUAAUGAGUAAUGUGCAGUUUUCUGGAUCUGGAGCUGGAGCCGGCCCAUCAAGUAUCAAAUGCGCGGGUCAAGGAAACAAACCACCCUAUCCCUCGGGGGGAAUGGUUCCAGGUGAAGGCAGUGGUCCAAGCUCCCCUCAGCCACCCCCUCGCCCUCCACCUCCACCCCCACCCUCCCCUCUCCCAUCACCAUCCACAGGGGGAGGAGGUGUCACAGCCCCUGGCACAGCUUCUGGGGGAGGAGCAGCUGGUUCAGACUUCUGUGCAAAUCGAAAAAGUGGUACGUACCCAGACCCUGACGACUGCGCGGGGUUCAUCAUCUGCAACAUCGGUAAAGCCCACCGUCAGAAGUGCUCCCCUCCCCAGCUCCUCCGUGCCGAUACAAUGAACUGUGAUCUACCAGAGAGGGUGGACUGUGGAACCAGGCCUAGGCGAUAUUGACACAGAUUUCAACAAUCUCUGCUUCCAAAAUUUUAAAAGAUG